ACACAUGGUCUGAAAUCAGAUGUGAGUGCUGCACCAAUACCGUGGCCUUUGUUCCCUCUCUCCUUCCUGCUGUCACUGUGUUUGACUUUCACCGUGUGAGCUGCCUCUCGCCCUCCGUUGUUUUUGGUUUCACCCUCUCUUUACUGACUUCGAGAACAAGGUGAAGUACUCAGGAGGACAGGGAGCAGCAAAUAGGUGAAGAAAGAUAAAACCAUAAAGUAUGUGCUGUACGGGGAAGUGUGCUCGCCUGGUGGGCUUGAUCCUGCUGCCCACGGCCUUUAUCUGCAUGAUCGCCAACUUGCUGCUGUUCUUCCCUGAUGGGAAGAAUCUGGAAACUGACCAGAUCUCCUUACAGGUCUGGCUUAUGGGGGGACUCAUUGGAGGAGGCCUCUUUAUGUUGUGUCCGAGCUGUUCUGCUAUCAGGGCCGGGGGCAAGGGUUGCUGUGGAACAGGUUGCUGUGGCAACCGUUGCCGGAUGUUGGGCUCUGUGUUCUCCUCUGCCUUUGGCCUGGUGGGAGCCAUCUACUGCACCAGUGUGGCAUCUGCAGGUCUGGCAAUCGGACCCAAGUGUCAGAUAGCCGGUGACGUAUGGUCGUACCCUUUUGAAACUACGGGUGAUGGCAGCUACCUUGUGAACCAGACCAUGUGGACAAUAUGCGAGUUCCCCAAAAAUGCAGUUAUGUGGCACGUCGUCCUGUUCUCCAUUCUGCUGUCCAUGGGUGUCCUGCAGCUGGUGCUCUGCGGCAUCCAGGUGGUCAACGGCUGCUUGGGAUGCAUCUGCGGAGACUGCCGCGACAGCAAAGAUGAUGAAGGUGGACUGUGAACGUGAGGAAGACCCCCCCCCCACCCCCACCCCCAAUUAAACCUGUGUUUACAACAGGUAGAUGAAGCAGACUGAGAUUUUCUUUUGACAGCACUUAAGCCUUCCUCCAUUAGUUUUUUUAUCCAUGAUAAUGGUUUGUGUGAAGUACUGCUUUAUAUAGAUGACAUUGAAAAUAAUUGUCCAUAAUAAAUGUCCAUAUUGACUGGUUCAUUGGACUUAUGUGGAUGUAAAUGUAUAAUUCAAAUAAUAAUGUGAUGAUGAGACAAUAAGAACUGUUGAAUGUGAAAUUCCUCGGAGCAAGUACAGCUUUUGUUUCAUCUGAUCUUCAAGAUUAAAAACCUAUUUCCUGAUGCA